AUUUUAUUUAGAUUUUUUUUAGAUUUAAAUCUUAUAAAUGGAAGAUCAUGUUUCAUUUAAUCACUUAGCUUACAAAACCCAAUCACUCAGUGCUCCUUUAAACCCCGUCCACACACGGGCCAUUCGGGACUGGCUUGGGCUCUGACGCUCUCUGUGACCCCGUGACCUCCACCAUGGCCAGUGGGAAAGCAUCCAUUGGCCUAACAAAUGAGAGCCUCGUACCUGAAAGUCCUUCCUCUCCAGAACCUUCUACAUCCUGUGUACCAGACCCCAAACACGAACAAAGAUCUCACCUGAACCUUUUAACUGAAGCUGCUCCAACUGCUCCUCCACCUCCACCCCUGCCUCCUCCACCUCCACCCGAGGCCCUGACCACACCCACUCAUCCACACGGCUCGCGCAAGAAACGUCGUGUCCGUAGCUUCUACUGGAAACCCAUCCCAGAGGAGAAAGUUCGCGGCAAACCCAACAUAUGGACGCUGGCGGAUAGACAGCAGCACUACCAGAUUGACGUGAGGAGCGUGGAAGAGCUGUUUGGCCAGCAGGAGGAGGUGCGCACGCAGAGCGCCAGCCGUAAUCCUCGAAUAGGAACAUGCAGAGGUUCCUUCAAGGAGAGCAAAGAUGAGAUCAGCAUUUUAGACUCAAAGAGAGGGAUGAACAUGGGUAUUUUCCUCAAACAGUUCAAGAAGUCUAAUCAGGCUGUAGUGGAAGACAUCCGGCUGGGGAACAGUACGCAGUUCCGACUGGAGCCUCUGAAAGAGCUGCUCAAACUGCUGCCUGAGGAAGAAGAGAUCAGAAAGUUGCGGGAAUUUAAAGGAGAUCCAACAAAGCUCAGCAUGGUGGAUUCUUUCAUGUUUUUGCUGAUCCAGGUACCAUGUUUUGACGUGCGAAUCGAGGCCAUGGUCCUGCAGGAGGAGUUCUCUCCAUCUUGUUCAGCAUUGAGUCGAGAGCUUAAUAUUGUACGCUUGGCCACAGAAGAGCUAAUGACUUGUGAAGAACUUCACGCCAUCCUGCACCUAGUCCUCCAAGCUGGAAACAUAAUGAACCAGGGAGGUUACGCAGGAAAUGCUGUGGGCUUCAAGCUCUCCUCACUCCUCUCACUAGCAGAUACCAAAGCCAACAAACCGGGCAUGAACCUGCUCCAUUUUGUGGCCUUGGAAGCACAGAAGAAAGAUGAGAAUCUGCUGAAGUUCCCAGAGAAGCUAACACAUGUACAGAGUGCUGCAAGGAUCUCGGUGGAAAACAUCGAAUUAGAAUUCUCCUCACUCAGUGUCAGGAUGCAGGCUCUUGAGGAGAAGAUUCAGGAUAAUGCUGAGCUGCUCCUGCAGUUGAAUCCAUUUGUGCAGAGUUCAACACAAACUCUUCAGGACCUGAAACAACGCAGGCUGGACCUGCGCAAGGAGGGCAAUGUUCUUAUUGAUUUCUUCUGUGAAGACAAAGACACGUUCAAACUCGACGAGUGCUUCAGGAUCUUCCAAGACUUCUGUCUCAAGUUUGAGAAAGCUGUGAAGGAUAAUCUAGAUAGGGAGUUGAAGGAAGCUGCCAGGCAGCAGCGUCUCCGUGAGCUGGAAGAAAGGCGCGUUGCCUGGGCUGCUGCCAGCGGGGAUCAGAGCGGCAGUGGUAAUUUUGGCCGCAGCAGCAGUGAAAAUGAUGUGGACAUUCUCACCAAAGACGGCCUCCUAGACUUCUUGCUGCAUCCCCGACCACACAGUCCCCACAGUCCACUGGAACGCUCUGCAAGUGCCCGCCGUUACCGCCACACAACAACCGAGCGCAACCUCCGUGGCUACCUGGAGCUGUUUUCUGGGUCUCCUGUGGCUGACAUCACUAAAUUCAGCAGCCUUCCACGGUCAGGACGUCCUCACCAAAGAAGAACCAUAGCCUGGCUGACCACAGCAGAUGAUAACAGAGAGCUGGGGCCUCAAAAGAAACUCAAUCAUGAGAAGCUGGUAACUUCCCCAACGGCAGAGACUGAACCAAUCAGCCCCCUGGCUAGAUACUCAGUGUCGAGCUACACUAGGGAGAUUGAUGUUUACAGUAAUAAUAAUUCUGCAGCUGUUUCUGAAGGUAUACAUUCUUCUCAGCUAGGUCACAACAGGAACUGGAUGGAGAAACAUCAUGAUGUUGGACACAUGAAUGUUAGUGUAGAAAAACACACAUUGGUGUCUGGGCCUCAUGCCUUUGAGCUAUCAAAUCCAAAAGAUAAUAAUAAUAGCAGUUACACACCACUGGAUAACCAAGGAGAUCUUGCUGUGACAGAUGUAGAGAAGGAAAGAGACAUUCCAAAAACAACUUUUCUAGACACCCCUCCAUCUAGUAGGGGAUCUGAGGAAGCACCACAAUCAGGGCCAGUGUAUGACACUAAAAUAAUUUCUCAGAGAGAGGAGGAAGAGGAAAACAGCACUGUCUCCUCAACAACAUGUGACACACCUUUGCCUCUUGACCCCUUGUUGUCCAAUAAGAAAGCUAAUCCUUACAUUCUGGACUGCACUGAAACUGAUUGCUCUGUUAUAUUAGACUUCUCAGAACUAGAGAGUACCCCUAUUUUUAAAGAAGGGUCUCACCUUGACAUAAAACUACAGGACAACAACUUCCAAAAUCUCCUUCAAGACCUUAGUUCACUUUCUUCCAACUUUGAGUCUUUGUCCACCAAUGAUCCAUCUGUGUCAGCAUCUGCUGAUGAACCAUUUGAAGGGAAACCAGCAGAAGAGCACCCAAUUAUUCCAUCUGUUACCACAGAUGAGGCGGACAGCGACAGCGGUGACAUGGCAGAAGGUAGAAAGGUGGGUGAGAAAGCAGUGCAGAUAUGUAGUCCCAAACCAGCCAACCUGAAAACUAAGAUACCAUCUAAACCUGCUGCCACUCGAAGAGAACGUCCUGCAAGAACCCUUACGCCAACUGAGACCAGACACUUGCGCAAAGUGGUACCAAUCACCAAGGCAAGUCGUUCUGGCAGCAAUGCUAAGAGAGUAGAGAAAUCUUUUGUGCAUAAGAACACAGAACCAAGACGUCCACUACGUGACCAGAGCAUGCCUGCAAGAAAGGGUGACAAGCAGGGUAGACCAGCUCGCCAUUCUAGCCUUCCUCCAGAGUCCAAGGCAGAAAGAGGUACAACCACAAGUGUUGCAGGUUCUCAGCUGGCUCAAGAUCCCACUCCACACAGGCCUUCCAUAAAGAAACCAACUGCCAAACCUGUCCGCAAUAUCCCCAGACCUCCAGUAGAAGAGAAAAUGUGUCGCUCUACCAUGAGAGCCUUGGCACAGGCUCAGGCUGUAUCUGAUGCUAGUGCUCCUCAAACACCAACCCAUGCCCGGAAGUCUGCCUCAGCUCUGCCAAGCUUUGCUCGCAACACUGUUGCUUUCUCUUCUAGAACCACAAAGGACUUGGCCACACAGCCUGUACCAGGGACUCUGUUAAAGAGCUCAACCUUAUCGAGAACUUCCUCGCUGAAGGUGCCUUCUGGAAGUAAGGCAAACUCUGUAUCUAGUGGACACUCUGCCCAGGGUGAACCAGCUGGAUCUUUAAGGAGGGUUCAGAGUGUCCGGGCCUCUGGUCGAAUCACUUUACAGACGGACACACCCCCACCACAGACUGGGCAGGAGCAAUCCCGAAAGGGUAGCAGUUUCUCAGAGAAAUCCUUCCUGAUAAGAGACUCCACCAGUGGCAGGAUUCUCAAGCCCAUUUGGAAGUAGAAUAGAUGGACAAAAAGACAUUACGAUCUCACACACUUACAUUUUUUUUUGUUCAUCAUCUAAGACUUAUCUGAAUGUAUCUAAAGCCUUUUACAUGUAGCUGAAGUUCUACGUAUUAAGCUAGUUUUCCAAAAGAGACUAGCUGCUGUCAAUAUUUGACAACCCAUUUUAGUGGUAGCACUUCAUCCAUAUAAGGAUGUUAUUGAUGGCCUUUUUAACAGCAGACAUUAAAUGUUGCAUCAUCUUAGACCCUUCAGUCUCAAUCAUUUUCAAACAUGGAUCCAUGGUUGUCACUUUUCUUUGAUUUGUUAUAUAUUAUUAUACUUCCUGAGACGCUUAACUAAUUAUAGUAUGACUAACUUUUAAAUCUCAAACCAGAUGCAAAAGACAUAUGAGCCCUGUAUGUCAAGGUGAGGCACUCUGUUCAGGAGAGUUUAGUGGAUUCCCUGAGCUAACGCACUUGUUAAACCUGGUUCAGUAUUUGCAAUUCAGGUUCAGUAAUGAGGCUUUUCCACUGAACUACUCGACCCAAGUGCCAGUGCUGAAUUUGGUUACCUUUCUUGCAGAGGUGUCACCCAGGCUGAGGCAGGACAUGUGGGUGGGGCUAGAAAUAACGCAGGCCAUCAAUUGGUCAGAGAAUUAUCCUUAUUAGUGUCUUUAGCUACAGUACAAAAAUCUUAAGUAGUGUAGAAACUGUCACAGUAGAACAUCGUAGACUCGGUGCUCUGAGUAACGUUCCGUAAUUAAUUUCUUACAGCAACAAUUACACGGUUUAGGAAAAUCUUCAGUAUUUUCCUAAUUCAAAAUAAAUCUUUUCUAAAGGUAAUGAUGAAAAGAUUAAGUAAAAAUCAGAAUAAUAAAAAAAUACCUGUAUAAUUUUAUGAACACAGUGCACUAAAUAAAAAGCUGGCCUUAAAUUACAGUUUUAAAAAACCCUCAGUUAUGUCACUUUGUCAUAGUCUAUAGUUAAAUACUUGUACUUUUUACUUGGGAUCAAGUUUAUAUUAAACGUGUUACUUUUGACUAUAGGACCAAUUUAAUUGGUCUUAUAUUAUAUUGUUUGU